AUGGCUCGCUUCGCCUGUUCGUUUGCCGUUUACACAACCUCGCAACUCAACUCCAUCAUUCUAUACGAAGAACUUGAGACCAGCAUCAACCGUAUUGAUUUGCAUGUGAUCAAGCUGUGUCUAGCGAGGAACACGAAUACAUCCAAGACGUGGCCGAUGACGCAGAGACGACAUCUUGCGCUCAUCGACACCGUCGACGCCAUCGACGCCAUGUCUCAAUCACAGAUCCUGACGCCGGAGCAAACGCACGCCCUUUUUGACAUCCUUACCCACCAUGAAACAUACUCUGAAAUAGAAGCCUUCAAGUCCCCCGACGGUGUUCUCACCCACGGAUUCCCCUUUCGUACCAAAGAACAGCAAGCGCGUGCCGCCCAAAACGGCGCACGCCAGGACAUCGCAGCCCCGGCACCGACCGGCGGGGGCGGGCUGACAGGCUUCGCGCUGAGCCUCUGGGGCGGCGGCCGCUCCGACAGCAGUGCCGGCGCUACGCCGACGCCCUCGGCGCCCGACUCGCCGCGCGCUUACACGCCAUCAGUGGCGGAGUUGUCCCCUAGCGGCAGCGACGCCGAGGGUGACGCCGAGGACCUCGACACUCUGUCGGCGCUGCCGGUCAUGCAGCUGCUUACGUCGACGUUUAUCAUGCGCCUGCCGGCCAUCAAGGCCCUGCCGCGGGACUAUUGGGCGGUGCGCGUGCAAGGGCUGUUGAGCCGGUUCGCCGAGGCAAGCCUGUCAGAGAGCUACGACAAGGGGGCCAUGGGCGCGCGCAAGACGCUGGCGUCGGGGUCCGGGUCCGUCAUUGAGAUGAUUUCGAGGGGGUUCCUGGGCGGCGUGGGGCGACGGGGUGAUGAGGGCGUGACGCCGACGACAAAGGCGCUGAUUGACAAGACGUACAGCCUGCAAGAGGGCCAAGAGCUUGUGCGCGCGUGGCAGGACGUCCUCGACGGGCUCGUCUACGGCGACUUGGUUGACAAGAUGUUUGACUACCUCGCCAGCACGGACAAGCUCGAGGAGCACUCGGCCGCCGUCGACGCCUCCAGCAACUACAUCGUCUUCCACCUUGCCGCACUGCUGCACCACGUCUUUGCGCUGAGCCCCGAUGGGCCGUACCUGCUUAAGCUGCUCGACGGCGUGCACAGCUUGAUUCCCUACAAGAUGAUCAAGCAGACGCUGCGCAUUGGCAACGCGGCCACCAUGAUUAAUGGCAUGAUGCGGCUGCUGCUGGCUAAGCUCAGCGUCACGGGCCUGACCAACUGGCUGGGCGUCACGCAAAACGACGACGACGGCAUGAACCUGCUGCAAAAUAUCAUAUCGCUGGUGCUGUCCCGCGACGCGGGGGAGUUUAAAAAGGCGGUCCAGCGCAUCGACAAGAUGCAGGGCGGCGAUGGCGCGCCGAGCCAGGCCAUGCGCGACGCCAUUCGGGCGCAUGUGGAGGACAGUCAAGCGGCGCAGGCGGCGAUGCGACAGGCGAGCGUCGACGCCGAGGAGUCGAUUGUGGUGGCGCUGCUCAGGGCCAGCGAUCCGGCGCUGGUACGUCAGAUGACCGAGGCGCAGCACACAGCGUGUCUCGAGUACUACUCGGCGCUGCUGUCGAUGCGCGACCGCGACGCCAUCACGAGGGUCCUGUGUCGGCAGCCGCCGGACCUCUUUACGCGUGCGCUCAGGGAGGCAGUGGCCGCGUACAACCCCAUCAUCCGGGUCGUGCACGAGCGCGUCGACCUCGGCUCCCACCUACAGGACCUGCAGACGUUCAUCACACAGUUUCUCCGCACGAGCACGCCCAAGAGCGGCGCUGCCGUCACUGUGGAGGAUUACGUCAAGCUGCUCAACGACCACAAGCCGCUGCUGCACAAGUUUGUGCACGCCGUGGGCAAGAACUGCCCCGAGGUCUGGGGCGACCUGCGCGCAUGGAGCAACGCGUCGAUUGUGCGCUUCCGGCAGCAGACGACGGCGGCGGCGACCGGUGAGGGCGGGGUGAAGAAGAGUGUCAUGGACGAGGCUCUCCAGGGGCUCGUCUCUGGGCUGGACGCCACGGCCCGCGCAAAGGUGCUGACUGCUGUGGACGCGCAUGCGGGCUACCUCGCAACGCUGAAGAAAGGCUCCGAUGCGCGUCUUGACCAGCUGGCCACGCAGACGACAGGUGGCAGCAGCAGCAGCAGCAGCAGCAAAAGCAGCAGCAAAGAGAGUACUGGCAGCUGGGGCCCGGGUGUCUACCUCGCGCGCUGGCAGGAUAUCCUCGACGACACGCUCAUCACGCCGGCGUGCGCGGCGCAGCCCGCCACGAUGCGGCGCGGCGCUGACGUGCGGCACCUGGCGACGCUUGGCAAGACGGGCGUCGCGGGCGGGAACCUCGGAAGGGCGGACGAGGCGAAACACAGGACGGUGCCGCGGGCGCCGGAUGUCAAGAUUGUGAUCGGGUCGUUGGGCGAGGCGUUUGGUGCGCUGCUGCAGACUUUGAAUAUGGAACGCAGAGUGUUUGGGAAGAAGGAGACAGGGCGUACGUGA